AUGGCCUCUUCAAAUGCAACCACACCUCAGAUUACAUCAACAGAUAUCAGCACUUCAUCCACACCACCAACCUCUGCCACAACCGUGGCAACUUCAACUGAAUCCACACCUCAGAAAACUUCAACAGAUACCAGUUCAACACCAUCCAUAAAACAGGUCACCUCUUCAUCUAACUCCCGUACCUCGCCAAUAACUUUGGCCUCUUCAACUGAAUCCACAACUCUGAUAACAGCAAAAGUGACCACUUCAACAGCAUCCACAAAACAAAUCACCACUUCAGCCAACCCAACAACCACUCCUACAACUGUGGCCUCUUCAACUGAAACCACACCUGAUAUUUCCUUAAUAGGUUCCACUUCAGCAGCAUCCACAAAACCGCUCACCUCUUCAUCUAAUUCUUCAAAAACUGCCACAAAUUUGGCCUCUACACCUGAAACCACACCUGAGAUUACCUCAACAGGUUCCAGUUCAACAGCAUCUACAAAACAGGUCACCUCUUCAUCUAAAUCCCCUACCUCUAACUCGCAAACCACACCCACAAAUUUGGCAACUACACCUCAAUCCACAACUGAGAUUAAAUCAAAAGUGUUCACUUCAUCAACUUCUUCCACACCACCAACCUCUUCCACAACUGUGGCCUCUUCAACUGAAACCACACCUCAGAUUACAUCAACAGCUUCCAGUUCAACAGCCUCCAAAAAACAGGUCACCUCCUCAUCUAACUCCCCUACAACUCCAACAACUUUGGCCUCUUCAACUGUAUCCACAACUCAGAAAACAUCAACAGUGACCACUUCAACAGCAUCCACAAUACAAAUCACCACUUCAGCCAACCCAUCAACCACUCCUACAGCUGUGGCCUCUACAACUGAAACCACACCUGAGAUUUCCUUAAUAGGUUCCACUUCAGCAUCAUCCACAAAAGAGAUAACCACUUCAUCUAACUCGCCAACCACUCCCAAAACGUUCUAUUCUACACCUGAAACCACACCUCAUAUUAAAUCAGAAGUGUUCCCUUCAUCAGCCCCCUGCACACCACCAUCCUCUGCAACAACUGUGACCACUUCAACUGAAUCCACACCUCCGAAAACAUCAACAUAUUCCAAAAAUAUCAAUAUUGACCACUUCAACAUCAUCCACAACACAAAUCACCACUUCAGCCAACUCAACAACAACUGCUACAACUUUGGCCUCUAUGCCUGUGACCACACCUCAGAUUCCAUCAAAAGUGUUCAUUUCAUCAAUUUCAUCCACACCACCAACCUCUGCCUCAACCAUGGCCUCUUCAAAUGCAACCACACCUCAGAUUACAUCAACAGGUUCCAGUUCAGCAGCAUCCACAAAACAGUGGUGACUCCAUCAAUUUCAUCCACACCACCAACCUCUGCCACAACCGUGGCACCUUCAACUGAAUCCACAUCUCAGAAAACUUCAACAGAUACCAGUUCAACAACAUCCACAAAACAGAUCACCUCUUCAUCUAACUCCCCUACAACUCCAUCAACCUUAGCCUCUUCAACUGAAUCCACAACUCAGAAAACAUCAAAAAACAUCCACACCAGUGUCAAAUACAAUAGCAUCCACACCAACAGUCACUACAAUGACUUUGAGCCCAUCCAAUGCAUCCAACCAACAGAAAGCAGCUAUGAGUUUAGCAUCUUCAAUUAUAUCUACACCACAGAUGUCAAUGUCAAUAGUUGCCAAUUUGACUGCAUAUACAUCACAAACAACUCCUGCAUCAAAUCAACAGACAACAGCAACAAUUUGGGCCAUUUCACCUGGCACCACAUCUCAGAAAACAUCAACUGGUUCCACAUCACAGAUAACCAGUUCAACCAAGCCACCAACCACUCCCACAACUUUGAGCACAUCCACUCCAUCCAGACUACAGACUGCAGGAACAAGUUUAGCAUCUUCAUUUACAGUCAUUCCCCAGAUGACCAUGUCAAUUUUGGCUACUUCAGCUGCAUCUACUUCACAGACAUCAAACCUGGUUCAGCUGUGGUCAAUACCAGGCUUGUGUUCAACUCCUCCACUCCCAUCCCCAGUGAGAGCUUGGUCCUUAGUGCUAGCAAAUUUCUGCUGAGCUCUCGAUUAACAAACAUCACAGAUUCAAUGAAAGUGCUAAAUAUUACUUAUGAGACAAUUACAGAAUCCUCCUAUGCAGUCAUCUUCACAUUCAUCCUCACCAACAUCAGCAUGCCAGAUAGUAUAGAUCUCAGAAACAACACAUACAACAAGGUGCAGAGUACGAUCAACAAAGUGCUAAACACACUUCUGAAUGAACCUGAUGCACAACCAAUUGAACCUCAGAGCUCUGGCUUCACGAGUUUAGCAAAUGUCAUUAAAGGUAACAUGGAGUACCACUUCCAGGAUGGAGAUACCAAAAUACCUGUCAGCUUCCUCAAUGAGCUCAAAACACUGAGUGUCUCAUCUACAACAGUUCCUCCAACAUCUACAAGCAGUCUGCUGGUUUUGUUUCCCUCUAGAUCUGGUUCAGCUGUGGUCACCACCAGGCUCAUCUUCAACUCCUCCUCUCCUGUCCCCAGUGAGAGUUUGGUCCUCCAUGCUACAAGAAAUCUGCUCAGCUCACGAUUCACAAAUAUCACGGAUUCUGUCAAAGUGCUCAAUGUUACCUAUGAGAAAAUUACAGACACAUCCUAUGCAGUCAUCUUCACAUUCACCCUAACCAAUAUCAGCAUGCCAGACAAUAAAACUCUUGUUAACAACACAUACAGCCAGGUGCAGAAUACCAUUAACAAAGUGCUAAACACACUUCUGAAUGAACCUGAUGCACAACCAAUUGAACCUCAGAGCUCUGGCUUCACGAGUUUAGCAAAUUUCAUUAAAGGUAACAUGGAGUACCACUUCCAAGAUGGAGAUACCAAAAUACCUGUCAGCUUCCUCAAUGAGCUCAAAACACUGAGUGUCUCAUCUACAACAGUUCCUCCAACAUCUACAAGCAGUCUGCUGGUUUUGUUUCCCUCUAGAUCUGGUUCAGCUGUGGUCACCACCAGGCUCAUCUUCAACUCCUCCUCUCCUGUCCCCAGUGAGAGUUUGGUCCUCCAUGCUACAAGAAAUCUGCUCAGCUCACGAUUCACAAAUAUCACGGAUUCUGUCAAAGUGCUCAAUGUUACCUAUGAGAAAAUUACAGACACAUCCUAUGCAGUCAUCUUCACAUUCACUCUAACCAAUAUCAGCAUGCCAGACAAUAAAACUCUUGUUAACAACACAUACAGCCAGGUGCAGAAUACCAUUAACAAAGUGCUAAACACACUUCUGAAUGAACCUGAUGCACAACCAAUUGAACCUCAGAGCUCUGGCUUCACGAGUUUAGCAAAUUUCAUUAAAGGUAACAUGGAGUACCACUUCCAAGAUGGAGAUACCAAAAUACCUGUCAGCUUCCUCAAUGAGCUCAAAACACUGAGUGGUAUGUUAUAUCUCAUCUACAACAGUUCCUCCAACAUCUACAAGCAAUCUGGUUCAGCUGUGGUCACCACCAGGCUCGUCUUCAACUCCUCCUCUCCUGUCCCCAGUGAGAGUUUGGUCCUCAAUGCUACAAGAAAUCUGCUCAGCUCACGAUUCACAAAUAUCACAGAUUCUGUCAACGUGUUCAAUGUGACCUAUGAGAAAAUUACAGACACAUCCUAUGCAGUCAUCUUCACAUUCAAGCUAACCAAUAUCAGCAUGCCAGACAAUAAAACUCUUGUUAACAACACAUACAGCCAGGUGCAGAAUACCAUUAACAAAGUGCUAAACACACUUCUGAAUGAACCUGAUGCACAACCAAUUGAACCUCAGAGCUCUGGCUUCACGAGUUUAGCAAAUUUCAUUAAAGGUAACAUGGAGUACCACUUCCAAGAUGGAGAUACCAAAAUACCUGUCAGCUUCCUCAAUGAGCUCAAAACACUGAGUGCCUCAUCUACAACAGUUCCUCCAACAUCUACAAGCAGUCUGGUGGUUUUGUUUCCCUCUAGAUCUGGUUCAGCUGUGGUCACCACCAGGCUCAUCUUCAACUCCUCCUCUCCUGUCCCCAGUGAGAGUUUGGUCCUCCAUGCUACAAGAAAUCUGCUCAGCUCACGAUUCACAAAUAUCACGGAUUCUGUCAAAGUGCUCAAUGUUACCUAUGAGAAAAUUACAGACACAUCCUAUGCAGUCAUCUUCACAUUCACCCUAACCAAUAUCAGCAUGCCAGACAAUAAAACUCUUGUUAACAACACAUACAGCCAGGUGCAGAAUACCAUUAACAAAGUGCUAAACACACUUCUGAAUGAACCUGAUGCACAACCAAUUGAACCUCAGAGCUCUGGCUUCACGAGUUUAGCAAAUUUCAUUAAAGGUAACAUGGAGUACCACUUCCAAGAUGGAGAUACCAAAAUACCUGUCAGCUUCCUCAAUGAGCUCAAAACACUGAGUGUCUCAUCUACAACAGUUCCUCCAACAUCUACAAGCAGUCUGCUGGUUUUGUUUCCCUCUAGAUCUGGUUCAGCUGUGGUCACCACCAGGCUCAUCUUCAACUCCUCCUCUCCUGUCCCCAGUGAGAGUUUGGUCCUCAAUGCUACAAGAAAUCUGCUCAGCUCACGAUUCACAAAUAUCACAGAUUCUGUCAACGUGUUCAAUGUGACCUAUGAGAAAAUUACAGACACAUCCUAUGCAGUCAUCUUCACAUUCAAGCUAACCAAUAUCAGCAUGCCAGACAAUAAAACUCUUGUUAACAACACAUACAGCCAGGUGCAGAAUACCAUUAACAAAGUGCUAAACACACUUCUGAAUGAACCUGAUGCACAACCAAUUGAACCUCAGAGCUCUGGCUUCACGAGUUUAGCAAAUUUCAUUAAAGGUAACAUGGAGUACCACUUCCAAGAUGGAGAUACCAAAAUACCUGUCAGCUUCCUCAAUGAGCUCAAAACACUGAGUGCCUCAUCUACAACAGUUCCUCCAACAUCUACAAGCAGUCUGGUGGUGACUUCUGAAACAACACCCUCUAUAAUAUCUGGUUCAGCUGUGGUCACCACCAGGCUCGUCUUCAACUCCUCCUCUCCUGUCCCCAGUGAGAGUUUGGUCCUCAAUGCGACAAGAAAUCUGCUCAGCUCACGAUUCACAAAUAUCACGGAUUCUGUCAAAGUGCUCAAUGUUACCUAUGAGAAAAUUACAGACACAUCCUAUGCAGUCAUCUUCACAUUCACUCUAACCAAUAUCAGCAUUCCAGACAAUAAAACUCUUGUUAACAACACAUACAGCCAGGUGCAGAAUACCAUUAACAAAGUGCUAAACACACUUCUGAAUGAACCUGAUGCACAACCAAUUGAACCUCAGAGCUCUGGCUUCACGAGUUUAGCAAAUUUCAUUAAAGGUAACAUGGAGUACCACUUCCAAGAUGGAGAUACCAAAAUACCUGUCAGCUUCCUCAAUGAGCUCAAAACACUGAGUGUCUCAUCUACAACAGUUCCUCCAACAUCUACAAGCAGUCUGGUGGCUACUUCUGAAACAACACCCUCUAUAAUAUCUGGUUCAGCUGUGGUCACCACCAGGCUCGUCUUCAACUCCUCCUCUCCUGUCCCCAGUGAGAGUUUGGUCCUCAAUGCUACAAGAAAUCUGCUCAGCUCACGAUUCACAAAUAUCACAGAUUCUGUCAACGUGUUCAAUGUGACCUAUGAGAAAAUUACAGACACAUCCUAUGCAGUCAUCUUCACAUUCAAGCUAACCAAUAUCAGCAUGCCAGACAAUAAAACUCUUGUUAACAACACAUACAGCCAGGUGCAGAAUACCAUUAACAAAGUGCUAAACACACUUCUGAAUGAACCUGAUGCACAACCAAUUGAACCUCAGAGCUCUGGCUUCACGAGUUUAGCAAAUUUCAUUAAAGGUAACAUGGAGUACCACUUCCAAGAUGGAGAUACCAAAAUACCUGUCAGCUUCCUCAAUGAGCUCAAAACACUGAGUGCCUCAUCUACAACAGUUCCUCCAACAUCUACAAGCAGUCUGGUGGUGACUUCUGAAACAACACCCUCUAUAAUAUCUGGUUCAGCUGUGGUCACCACCAGGCUCGUCUUCAACUCCUCCUCUCCUGUCCCCAGUGAGAGUUUGGUCCUCAACGCGACAAGAAAUCUGCUCAGCUCACGAUUCACAAAUAUCACGGAUUCUGUCAAAGUGCUCAAUGUUACCUAUGAGAAAAUUACAGACACAUCCUAUGCAGUCAUCUUCACAUUCACUCUAACCAAUAUCAGCAUUCCAGACAAUAAAACUCUUGUUAACAACACAUACAGCCAGGUGCAGAAUACCAUUAACAAAGUGCUAAACACACUUCUGAAUGAACCUGAUGCACAACCAAUUGAACCUCAGAGCUCUGGCUUCACGAGUUUAGCAAAUUUCAUUAAAGGUAACAUGGAGUACCACUUCCAAGAUGGAGAUACCAAAAUACCUGUCAGCUUCCUCAAUGAGCUCAAAACACUGAGUGGUAUGUUAUAUCUCAUCUACAACAGUUCCUCCAACAUCUACAAGCAAUCUGGUUCAGCUGUGGUCACCACCAGGCUCGUCUUCAACUCCUCCUCUCCUGUCCCCAGUGAGAGUUUGGUCCUCAAUGCUACAAGAAAUCUGCUCAGCUCACGAUUCACAAAUAUCACAGAUUCUGUCAACGUGUUCAAUGUGACCUAUGAGACCUCAUCUACAACAGUUCCUCCAACAUCUACAAGCAGUCUGGUGGUGACUUCUGAAACAACACCCUCUAUAAUAUCUGGUUCAGCUGUGGUCACCACCAGGCUCGUCUUCAACUCCUCCUCUCCUGUCCCCAGUGCGAGUUUGGUCCUCAAUGCUACAAGAAAUCUGCUCAGCUCACGAUUCACAAAUAUCACCGAUUCUGUCAAAGUGCUCAAUGUUACCUAUGAGACCUCAUCUACAACAGUUCCUCCAACAUCUACAAGCAGUCUGGUGGUGACUUCUGAAACAAGACCCUCUAUAAUAUCUGGUUCAGCUGUGGUCACCACCAGGCUCGUCUUCAACUCCUCCUCUCCUUUCCCUAGUGAGAGUUUGGUCCUCAAUGUUACAAGAAAUCUGCUCAGCUCACGAUUCACAAAUAUCACUGAUUCUGUCAAAGUGCUAAAUGUUACCUAUGAGAAAAUUUCAAUUACCUCCUAUGCCGUCAUCUUCAUAUUUAGUCUUAGUAACAUCAGCAUGCCAAACAGCCCCGUCCUCAGGAACUCCACUUAUAGCCAAGUGCAGAGCUACAUCAACAAAGCACUAAACUCACUUAUAAAUGAUCCCGAUUCAGUACCAAUUGAACCCCUGAGUACUAAAUUCAUCUUCAGGCAGGUGACAGUACUGAUUUAUAUUCGUGUGAUGUUUAAGAACCUCAUGAUUGUACCUAAUAAGGCUCAGGUUCUUGCUGCCUAUGCUCAGCUGGACCCAAGUGUCAGAACAAAGCGAGAUAUCACAAACCAAAAGCUGAAUGACCCUGUGAGCAUACAGACCAUUACCUACGAAAAAAUGGACAAUACUUCAUUUAGCAUCAGUUUUGUAUUUAGGAUCAGUAAUGUGUCCAUGGCUACAAACAUUGAAAUGAGCAAUGAAACAUAUUAUUUAAUUAAUCUAUCAAUCAACAACCUGCUUAACAAAAUAAUGAACAACCCAGAUGCUACUCCAUUUGUAUUCCCUCAAGUUAACUUCUCGGGUAACGCUACGGUGAUUGUGGCUAACACAGAAUAUGUCUAUGUGCGGGGAGAUAUCAAAUCGCCAAGUGGAUUUCUUGCUCAAAUACUUCAAAUGAACACAAUACUGACCAAGAAUCAAAAUGUUACCUUUCCACCAGCUAAUAUCACAGUUAAUUUUACAGUGAUCGUGGCUAAGGAACAGUAUGUGUAUAAGCCAGGUGAUAUCAACUUUCCAAGCGCAUUUCUUGCUGAAAUACUUAAACUCUGUGGUCUGGCACCUGUGGGAGCAUGGUGGGUUCUGGGCAUCAUUAUCCCCUGUGCUAUAGUCAUCAUUCUUGUACCAUGCUGGAUUCUACUCUGUUGUUUACUGUGUGGUUGGUGUGCUGCUAUAAGGAGGCGUUACAACAGAAGACGGUCCUACAGUGUCCAGUACACAACACGGAAUGGACUCUUUUGAAGAAAAAAAGACACAUUUUUUUUAAAUAUGCCCCAAAAAUCAAACUUAUUUGUUAAUAUAUUUUAAAUGUAUUUAUGUGCAUAUAUCUGUUAACAUUUGUUAAAUCUAUUUAUGUUAGAAUCUGUUUU